AUGAUCUCCUUCUCUCCCAACUGCACGCUCCCGUCGAGCGGGCCGGGGUUCGUCUCCGCGCCCAACGUCCGUUCGACCCUCGACAUCGUCUGGAGCUGCGUCUCCAUCCUGCUGCUCUCGAGCUGGUCCAUCCAGCACCUCAACGUGCCGCCGCAGUUCGAGCCCAAGAGCAAGAGGCAGGUGUUCCGGCGGAGAAUGUUCUUUUUGUUCCGCAAGCUCAAGUGGAUGCUGGCCACGCUGGUCGCGCCCGAGACGCUCUUCGCCUUCGCCCUCACGGAUUACGUCUCGGCGCACGAGUAUACCAGGGCCCUGCGGGAGGCCGCCGACGCGGACGGCGUGCCUUGGAGCAAGACGCAUACGUACUUUGCCGACAUGGGGGGCGUCAUCUCGCGGCCGCGGUCUACGGGAUCCUUGCAUCCGGGACUAGAGUCGGAGCCUCAACUGCCCUUGUUGGAGGCCAACGCCCAAUUGCCUUUGGGGGUCGACACUCGUCAUGAAGAUGUCGAGACCCAACGACCUUUGGAAGUCAACGUGCAACUGCCUUUGCAGGUCCAGACCCAACUGCCUUUGGAGGUCAACACGCAAGUGCCAGUGGAAGUCAACACCCAAUUGCCUUUGGAGAGCAACACCCAAUGGCCCUCGGAGGCCAACAGCACUCACCUUGAAGAUGUCGAGAGCCAGGCAGCACCAGACAGCAUCAACACAUCAAGUCCAGAGCCAGGCCAGGACCCGAAGAAUCCUGAGCCCAAGGAUCAGCUCGCAGAUUCCACAGACUCUACACGGGCAGCGGCACUGUCUCUGUGGAGGGGGCUGCGGCGCCAUCUCAGGGUCGAGGUGGAAUCCGCGUCUUGGUCGUAUGGGCGGCUUGCAUGGCGGCCCAGCGCAGCCCACACGGCGCUCGGGGAGGAAGUCUUGGCCCGCCUCGCGACACGCUUCGCGGAUGACAGGCUGGGCACCACGCACCUGGCGCGGGCCGUCCUCCGCAUGGAAGGAGACGUUUGGGUCCUCUCGGCGUCGCAGCUUUACGAGGCGUGGAAGAGCGGCCUCGUCGGCAAGCUGCCGCACAUCACCGAAGACGACAUCUCCGACAAGAGCAAGGGCGACGCCCUAGGAAAGGUAGUCGCGCUCAUUCAAGUGUCUUGGCUCGUGCUCCAGCUGGUGGCGAGAGCCAUCACUGGCAAGUCGUCGACUCCUCUCGAGGUCAUGACCCUGUCGUUUGCCGUCUGCACCUUUAUCAUCUACAUCCUUCUCCUGGACCACCCGCAGGACGUCAUGUCCCCCGUGUACAUUCGGCCCAACAGGAGCUGCAGAGCAGAGGACAUGGAGACGCUGGCGCGCGUGUCUCAAGACCGUUUCUGGGGCGGCAGGUUUCGCAACAACGCCAUCGCCAACAAUACGAUUCCCACCAUCCAUCUGCCGUCGCAGUACCGCGGGGCUAGGACCGCCGUUCACUUCGUCGCCGGGGCUGGAAUCGCUGGCGUCAUUUUCGGCAGCGUCCACCUCGUGGCGUGGAACAUGCAGUUCCCUACGAAGACGGAGGAGAUCCUGUGGAAAGUCUCGGCGCUCUUCACGGCCCUGGCGCCCGUGGUUGCCACGGUCGUCCAAGGCUCCACCAACUUUGUGUUUCGGAGGAUCAACGGCCGUCCUGUCCGCGUGGGGCAGGAUAUUGGAUGCACAGCGCUGCUCGGCCUGCAGAUUCUGGCGUUUGUGUUGGCGCGGGCGUUCUUGGUUGUUGAGGCGUUUCGGUCGUUGUACUUUCUUCCGCCAGAUGCCUUCCGUGCCACUUGGGCGGCGAAUAUACCACAUGUCGGGUGA